AUGCAACGCUUAGCACACUUCGAAGAUUCCACCACUCCACUGUAUCAUCUUCCUCACCACGCAGUCAUUCGUGAAGAAAGUACGACGACCAAAGUGCGAGUCGUUUUCGAUGCCUCAUGUAAAACCAGCAGUGGAAAAUCCUUAAACGACGCCCUUUUAGUAGGUCCAAUUGUCCAGGACGCUUUGAGGUCGAUCAUCAUGCGGUCCCGAAUUCAUCCCGUAAUGCUGAUUGCCGAUAUUAAACAGAUGUAUCGCCAAAUUCUAGUUGAUGAACGAGACACCUCUGUACAGUGCAUUGUUUGGAGAGCCUCCCCGGACGACUCAUUGGACACGUUUAAAUUGAAGACCGUCACUUACGGCACCGCAUCAGCGCCGUAUCUUGCAACUAGGGUGCUGCAACAACUUGCCGACGAUGAACAAGAUGCGUUUCCUGAAGCAGCAGAUGUCUUGCGCAAAGAUUUCUACGUAGACGACCUCAUUUCUGGCAGAAGCACCGUAGCUGAAACCAUCAAAUUGCGCAAUCAGUUGGACUCACUGUUAGCUAAGGGCGGUUUUGAGCUGCGUAAAUGGGCCUCUAAUGAACCAACUGUGUUGGAGGAUAUUCCCGAAGAAAAUCGAGCCCUGCAGCAGUCGGUAGACUUGGAUCGAGACCAAUGUCUAAAAACUCUCGGUCUUCAUUGGGAACCUUCUACCGAUGUUUUAAGGUACAAGAUAAAAAUUCAUCUACCCGAAACAAACGCAUCACUUACCAAACGUAUGGCGCUAUCAUACAUCGCACAACUAUUCGACCCGCUCGGUUUAGUAGGACGCGUUGUAACAACUGCUAAACUAUUUAUGCAGAUGUUGUGGACCUUGAAGAAUCGCGAUGGAACCAUCGAUGGAACCAUGGAGUUGGGACGAAGAGCUACCAGUAGCAAUCCAAGAACGUUGGUACAAUUAUCACACACAACUACCACUGUUGAAUCAUCUCAGGAUUGA